UUUGCUCCUAUAUUUUGUUUUAACAAUAUUGUUUUCUGUUUUCAGGUGAACACUAAGCUUAUAAGAUGUGUAAUUAUAAACUGUUUUGUUUCCUUUGUUUAUGUUCAUAGUUGUAUGUAAAAAAUGUUAAAACGUCCUCUGUUGCAAUUAAACUGCCUAAGUCUUUCUUUCGUUUAGCAUGUUUGCCAAUUUUCACAUGUUGCGAAAUUAUUUGGUAAGUUACUUAUGAUUAAUAAGCUCAUGUUGGUAUAACAAGUGCUAAUUAGGUAAUUGUCGACAUCAAUAAAGAGUAUUUAUUAAAUUUUAUAGUUUUCGAGUAAAACUUCUUUCUAUAAAAUGCAGUUUCAAACAGUUAAUUUUAACUUCAAGUCAUGAAAAUUGUUCGAUGAUCAUGUUUAAAUCAAUAUCAUUUUCACUUGUACAUGUAGUCUAGUUUAUUUUCAAUUUGCAAUGAUUUAUUAUCGUAAAAUUUACAAUGAAACAAGGGAUAAAUCAAAAGUUAUGAAGCAAUUGUUUUAUAUUUACGUUACUAUAAAUAGCUUAUUUUUAGUAACUUUUUUAUUAUUGGCCGUAGGGGAAAACCGAGACCACUUUUCUGUGGUACAACAUGGAUGGUACCUCCAAUUUUUAGGUGUAUUUUGACAUAUCUAUACCUUGUAAGAAUUUUUUUUUUCUUUUUGGUUAAAUUUCUUCUGUUUGUUGUUCCUGUCCUUUGGACUUUGAUAUUUUACAGAGGACCUUCUUGUCCUCUUGUUUCUAUUUUCAAUUGCGGUAUCAUUGAGGGUAGCAGCGAAUAUCCUGUGAAUAGGUGUGUUCGCGGCAUGUUCUCAGCUUUUUUACCAUUUCGUUCUAACUCUAUAAUCUUUUACGAAAUGGUCUUUCUGUGAAUAUCCGGCGAACUAGUAUCAAAUCACUUGCGGAAUGAACGCGGUAGCAGCGAAUAUCCUGCGAAUAGGUAUGUUUGCAGCAUGUUCGCAGCUUUUUUACCAUUUCAUAAGGGUCUUGUUAUAUUUCCUUUUAGAUAAUCUGAUUCAGCUCUGGAAAAGUUUAAGCAUCUAUUUCAUUAUCAGUGUUUCUCAUGUUUAAUCAGGCAUAUGAGAUUAGAUAUUAAACAUAAAUUUUCUGAUUUACCACAAAUAGAAAUAUAUUCCUAUCAUCCUCUAAGAAUUACCUUGCUUUCACUUUUGAAAAAUGUCCGUAAUGCAUACAGAUUUCCCGCAAAACCUGUCCAAAAUAUCUGGUUGUAAUUAACUUGUUACUUUACAGAUAAUGUUACAAAUUAAUUGAUCUACAAUUACCUGCUCUUAUCAAAGUUCUUCGUGGACAGUUUACCAAACGAUUACAAUCUUCUAAGUUCUUCUCGCGAUCAUGCCGAACUAGUAUCAAAUCAAUUGCGGUAUCAUUGAGGGUAGCAGCGAAUAUCCUGUGAAUACUUCCUGUGAAUAGGAUCACUGUCGAGCCUUGUAAAACUUCUGGCAGAACGACUAAUUAUAAAGAUGAAGCAAAAGAUGUAACAAACAUAUGAUAUUUCAGACAUGAUGGCACAAAAUACUAGUGGAGUGUAUGAAACAGAGAAUAUAUUUACUGAAGUUUCUACAUACUUCUCUAAAAAGAUAUAUGAGAAUUCAUACAGGAGAAAAUUGUUUUAAUUGCAAUUUGUAGUUUGGUUUACAAUAGCAAAGCUAGUCUAACAAGCAUAUUGCGAAAGUACAUUUGUAAGAAAGACAUUUAGGUGUAAAAUUUGUGGUGUUUUGAGUAAGAGCAAAAAUAGUCUCCACACAGUUAAGAAAAUACUUACACGAGUGUGGUUUUGCCUGUAAUUGCAAAUAGCUUAUUAAAACACUUGAAUAUAUGUAAUGUUACAAGUGAAAAUUGCCAAAAGACACCUAGAGGAGAGAAACGUUUAAAUAAGUGUAAUUUUGUCAUUUUGUAUGCAACAAAAUAUCUACAUGCAAAACAUGGGUGUUCAUACAGGAGAGAAAUUCUUUAAGUGUAAUUAGAGUAUUAAUGCGUAUUAAUACAAAAAGCAGCUAUGGAAACAUGAAAAGACAUGCUGGAGAGAAGUGUUUCAAGUGUGAUUUUUGUAGUUUUGGACGUUAUGUCAAAUUUGGACUCCGUAAGCAUAUGAAAAUUCAUACAGGAGAGAAACACUUCAGGUGUGAGCAGUGUAAUUAUGCUUGUUAUUAUGAAUACGGACUCAGGACAAAUAUGAAGAUUCAUACUGGUGAGAAAUGUUUACAGUGUAAUAUUUGUAGUUCUAUAUGUAAUCGAAAAUACAAUCUUGGUAGACAUAUGGCAACACAUACAGAAGAGAAGUACAUGUAUUUCAAAUGUGGUAUUUGUAAUUAUGCAUGUAUUCAAAAAUAAAACCUCCAGGCACACAUGGCAACUCAUACAGGAGAGAAGUGUUUCAAGUGUGAUGUUUGUAAUUAUGCAUGUAUUGGAAAACAACAGCUUAAGACUCACAUGGCAAUACAUACUGGAGAGAAGAAUUUCAGGUGUGCAAUAUGUAAUUAUGCAUGUAUUCAAAAACAAAACCUCAAGACACACAUGGCAACUCAUACAAGAGAGAAGUUUUUCAACUGUGAUGUUUGUAAUUAUGCAUGUAUUCGAAAACAACAACUCGAGAGACACAUUGCAAUACAUACAGGAAAGAAGAAUUUCUUCUGUAAUAUUUGUAAUUAUGCAUGUAUUCGAAAAGAACACUUCAAGACACACAUGAAUACUCAUACAGGAGAGAAGUGUUUCAAGUGUAAUGUUUGUAAUUAUGCAUGUAUUCGAAAACAACAGCUUAAGACACACAUGGCAAUACAUACUGGAGAGAUGAAUUUCAGGUGUGCAAUAUGUAAUUAUGCAUGUAUUCAAAAACAAAGCUUCGAGAUACACAUGGCAACUCAUACAGGAGAGAAGUGUUUCAAGUGUGAUGUUUGUAAUUAUGCAUGUAUUCUAAAACAACAACUCAAGAGACACAUGACAAUACAUACAAGAGAGAAGAAUUUCAGGUGUGAUAUUUGUAAUUAUAUAUCUAUUCGAAAAGACCACCUCAAGACACACAUGGCAAUACAUACAGGAGAGAAGAAUUUCAAGUGUGCUAUAUGUAAUUAUGCAUGUUUUCAAAAAGGAACCCUUGAACGACAUAUGGCAACUCAUACAGGAGAGAAGUAUUUCAACUGUGAUGUUUGUAAUUAUGCAUGUAUUCGAAAACAACAUCUCAAGAGACACAUGGCAAUACAUACAGGAGAGAAGAAUUUCAGGUGUGCUAUAUGUAAUUAUGCAUGUAUUCAAAAACAAAACCUUAAGGCACACAUGGCAACUCAUACAGGAGAGAAGUGUUUCAAGUGUGAUGUUUGUAAUUAUGCAUGUAUUCUAAAACAACAACUCAAGAGACACAUGGCAAAACAUACAGGAGAGAAGAAUUUCAGGUGUACUGUAUGUAAUUAUGCAUGUAUUCGAAAAGACCAAUUCAGGUCACACAUGGCAACUCAUACAGGAGAGAAGUGUUUCAAGUGUAAUGUUUGUACUUAUGCAUGUAUUCGAAAACAACAACUCAAGAGACACAUGGCAAUACAUACAGGAGAGAAGAAUUUCCGGUGUGCUAUAUGUAAUUAUGCAUGUACUCAAAAACAAGACCUUAAAAACCACGUGGCAACUCAUACGGGAGAGAAGUUUUUCAAGUGUAAUUUUUGUAAUUAUGCAUGUAUUCGAAAACAACAUCUGAAGAGACAUAUGGCAAAACAUACAGGACAGAAGUGUUUCAAGGGUGAUGUGUAAUCAAAAACAAAACCUUUAGACACACAUGGCAAUACAUACAGGAAAGACCUGUUUCAUGUGUGCUGUUUGUAAUUAUGCAUGUAUUCAAAAACAAAACCUCAAUACUCAAAAGGCAAAAAAAAAUACAUACUGGAGAGAAGCAUUUCUGGUGUGAUAUUUGUUAUUAUGCAUGUAUUCGAAAACAAAGUCUGAAGACACACAUGGCAAAACAUUUAAGAGAAAAGUGUUUCAAGUGCCAUGUUUAUAAUAUUGAAGGGUAAUCAAAAACAAAACCUAAAGACACACAUGGCAAAACAUAUGGGAAAGAAGUGUUUCAUGUGUGAUAUAUGUAAUUUUGCAUGUAAUGAAAAACAAAAUCUAAAAUCACAUAUAGCAAGACAUUGUGGAAAGAAAUGUUUAAAGUGUGAUAUUUGAAACUCUAUAUGUACAUGUAAUCAAAAGAAGCAGUCUCAAUAAUGUAUGACAAUACAUGCAGCAAAAGAAAUGA